UCCAAGAUUAUGACUAAACAGUAAACGGCACAAAAAUUAAAGAACGACGAGCCCACACCCUUCACACGGUGAUGUUAAUGGAACAGGUGACCGCAUCCUUAUUUAAAACUUUUCUUGAUGUAGUUUGUUUCUAUCUGGACUUGUCACACCUUGAAACACAACGUGAACCUGUCCGACAGGUUUCUGUUUCCCUGCCCCGAUAUUCCAGGCCGGGAAGCUGUUAUUAACAGCGAUCAGGAGAGGCGACCGAACCUUGAAUCGAGACUGCAGUCAGAAUCACAGCAGGCACCUUUCCCCAAGGUUGAAUUGAAGGGCAGAUCUUAUGGGACUGCACAGAAGGAGAAUGGACUUCCUCCUCAUCAUCAUGGCUGCGAUUUUCCUCAGUCCUCAUCCAAUUGCCUCCCAGGAUUGUGUGGCAAGCACUCUUCGGUUUUCAAACCUGUCGCUGCUCAACUUCAACAGGCUGGAUGGAGAUGCUGGCACGAUCGAGCCUUUGUAUAACAUGGUGAAUCUAUACUUGGAUGCAGUGCAACCAAAUGAAUUUCCAAAAGAUGUUCUCCAGCAAUCAAUCAAGGACCCAAACUACAUAGCGGAGAACUAUGAGAAGGUCCUGCGCUACGAGGCGGGCUACAUCGUCAGUCUCAUCCUCGGCGUGCUGUUCUUCGUCUUCAUGCCCCUGGUGGGACUUAUCUUCUGUUGUUGCCGUGUGUGUGGGAAAUGCGGAGGGCAGUUGAAGGAGCGGACGCAACACACCGACUGCCAGCGUCACACCUACGCCACGUUCCUUCUGAUGACGACCAUCAUUAUACUGGCCGGGGUUGCCUGCGCGUUUACAGCCAAUCAAAAGGUAACUGACGCAAUGGAGCCGAGCGUAUCUGCCUUCCGGAGAAUGCUAGCAGAUGUGGCCUCUUACAUUGACAAUAUCCUUGAGGCCAUACCCAAAGUUAUUGCACAGUUUUCAGUUCCAAAAAACAAGAUAUUCUCAGAAUUUGACCGUGUCAGCAGCAGCCUUGGCUUUACCCUCAAGGGUGCAUUGAAUCCAAUAGUUUAUCCAGUGCUGGAGAUGGCUUCCACAAGACUGAAAGAAUUCAACACCAUGACGGGACACUUGGACAAUAUAAAGUCUGUGAACAGUUCCCUGGCAGAGAUACAGAGGGAGUUGUCGAGUGAGCUGAGCAUUCUGCAGGGUGAAACUUCUAACACGCUGAAAGACCCAAAUUGCCAAAGAUGCAAGAGUGCUAUGAGAGAUAUCAGUAACCUGGAGGUGGAUCUUACAUACACAUUGCCGGCCGACGACCAGGUUGUGUUCAAUGAGGUCAUGAGCUUCUCUCUAACGUCACUGAAUAACUCAGUGGAACAGGCAUCCCGCACCUUCAAUGAGACUCCUGCCACCGUGACUGAUCAAGCUACGCAGACUUUUACAGACAUCAAGAAACUUAUCAACGACAUUGAAAGGAACCUCUCCUCCACCAUUGAGACCGUGCAGUUUCCAGAAUCCCUGCAGAAUCUGGAGAACUUGGCAAAUUCUUCCACGGUGACAGAAAUCUCAUCUGAGGUGAAAAGAUACGAUUACUACAGGUGGGUGGUCAGUAUAGUCUUGUGCUGCAUCAUUCUCUUAAUCAUCGCCUGCAACGUGCUGGGACUCGGCCUGGGAAGUGCAGGAAUCGCAACCAGGGACGACAUCUACAGAGGCAACGCCUGCUCGAAAUCAGGCGCCAACUUCCUGAUGGCGGGCGUUGGGUUCAGCUUUAUUUUCUCCUGGCUGCUCAUUCUCCUGGUUUUCGUCACCUUUUUCGUUGGAGGAAAUAUUCAGACAUUGGUCUGUAAACCUUGGAAGACCGGAGAGAUCUAUGAGGUAGCUGAUGAUCUUGCCCAACAGAACAACAUUUUCAACAUCAGCAAUUUCUUCCGUCAAUCAGUCACCUACUCUUCACUCUACAGACACUGUGAAGAAGGCAAGUCUCUGUGGUUUGUCCUACCACAGAGCCAGAUCUCGAAACUGGAGGAGUACCUAAACGUGUCGACUUACACAGGAGACAUUGUUCAGAAUUCCCGGCAGCUGAAUGUGGACUUAAGCAGAAUCGUGUUACUGGACAGCAGCGCGAGGAGUAACCUGAUGAAAUUUGCCAACAGUGGGAUUGAUCAAGUCAACUUCACCGAUAUCAUCGAGUCGAUGAAUAAUAAAAUGUCAAUGACACCACUGUUGGAUUUCGCUGCCAGGCUGGAAAGUUUAAGCCAAAUCCAGAGCAAUCCGACCAUUAGAAGUAAAGUGACUGAGCACGCUCAGAAGCUGCGAGCAUUGGAGAGCAAGCUGGCGAACAGAACCAAACCAGAGCAGGCGCAGCUGAACGUGAGCUUCCAGUAUUUGGCAUCCUUCGCUCCCAGCAUGCGGAGUCUCAUUAAUAACACCAUCCAGAGAAUCGACACAGCCCAGGAGGCGAUCACUACAACCAUUAAAUCAGAAAUUGAGAAGGUCAGAGAGUGCCUCAUUAUCAAGCAACUCGGAUACUUCAUUCAGUACCUUCAGUGGAUCCGAACCAUGGUUAUGGACAAUUUGCUUUCCUGCCAGCCACCUUUCAUCCUGGUCAACAACAUCCGCGUCAUACUUUGUGACAACAUUACAGAGCCCUGGAAUGCCUUCUGGUUCUGCCUGGGCUGGUGUACCCUCUUCCUCAUCCCCAGCAUCAUCUUCGCAGUGAAGACUGCAAAGCAUUACCGGUCGAUCAAGAAUGCAGACAAAAGUCCUGAGUUUUCAGAAAUGAUGCAGUUUAAAUUUCCUCGAGUUGCCAACACAUACGGUCCACCACUGUCCAGUGUGCCUUCUGUUUCAGCCAACUGACUCCGAGCUGGACUUUGAACACCACCCUUCCUACAAGAGUAAUGUUACUCUGUCUGCCAGAGGUUCAUCAGUGGCUGUGCUUUCUCUACAGUUUUGCCAUUUUCCAAACAGUUUAUUGCCUCUGCUAACAUGUAUCGAAUCUCUGUGUCCAGGAUGGACUGACCUGUGGGCACCAAGACCUCAUUGCUAGACUUUGAUUUCUCAUGAAAGUCACAUCAUCAUCAUCAUUAUGUGUCAUGUGGUAUGACAUCAUCAUUAUGUGCCACGUGGUACGACAUGGGUGAUCAUGGUCUUUCCAUGACUAUGAUUGCUCUUGGCAAAUUUUUCUACAGAGGUGGUUUGCCCUUCUUCUGGGCAGUGUCUUUACAAGAUGGGUGACCCCAGCCAUUAUCAAUACUCUCCAGAGAUUGUCUGCCUGGUGUCAGUGGUCACACAACCAGGACUUGUGAUCUGCACCGGCUGCUCAUACGACCUUCCACCACCUGCUCCCAUGGCUUCAUGUGACCCUGAUCGUGGGGCUAAACUUGCCUAAGGGUGACCUGCAGGCUAGCAGAGGGAAGGAGUGCCUUACACCUCCUUUGGUAGGGUCGUAAAAUAAAAGUUAUUAUCCCAAUAAAAGUCACGCAGCACCUGUUUGGCCCACAAUCUCUAUGAUGACCAAUGCACUUACCUGUACUUGUCCCAUUUAUCUGAAUUUGGUCCAUAGCCUUCUCUAACUUGAUGAUUCAAACACAAGAUGCUUUUUAAAUGAUGUGAAAGUGUCUGUCUCCACCAUAUUCUAACCACACUCUGUGUGAGAAAAACUCUCUCUCUCAGAUCCUCCAUUACCCCCCACCUUAUACCCACAAACACAAGAGAUUCUACAGAUGCAGGAAGUCCAGAAUAACACACACAAUGCUGGAGGAACUCAGGAUGUCAGUCAGCAUCUAUGGAGGGGAAUAAACAGUUGGUGUUUGGGCCUCACCUUAUACCUCAGUCCUGUAUCUAUACCCGAGUCAGGUUUAAUACCGGUGGCAUAUGUCAUGAAAAAUGUGGUUUUGCAGUAGCAUUUCAUUGAAAUACUUAAUAAAAUAUUAUGAAUUCCAAUAAGAAGUAAAUACAUAUUAAAAUUAAAUUAAUAAGUAGUGCAAAAAGAGAAUGAAAAAGUGUGAGGUGGUGUCCACGAGUUCAUUGUCCAUUCUGAAAUCUGAUGGUGGUGAGGAAGAAGCUUUUCCUAAAAUGUUGAAUAUGUGUCUUGAGGCUCUUGAAGAAGGGUUUUGGCUCAAAACGUCGACUGCUUAUUCCCUUACAGGAGAGAUUCUGCAGAUGCUGGAAAUCCAAAGUAACACAUGUAAAAUGAUGGAGAAAAAAGUAAACAGUUGAUGCUUUGGGCCAAGGCCCUUCAUGGCCUGAUGAAGAGCUUCGGCCUGAAACAUUGACUGUUCACUCUUUUCUAUAGAUGCUUUCUGACCAACUGAGUUCCUCCAGCAUUUUGUAUGUGUGAUUGUUCUGGAUUUCCAGCAUCUGCAGUAUCUCAUGCUUUUACCUAUGUCUUCUUGUUUUAGAGACCUCACUUGGGAAAAUGAUUCCUACUACCUGCCCUGUCAAUGUCCUUCAUAAUCUUGUAUACCUCUGUCAGGUCACCCCCUGUCCCCACCUCUGCCACUCAGCCUCCUCCAUGGCCAGAAAAACAAACCCAAAUUUGAUUCAAUUUCAUGAUUUAGAUGCAGUGUGAUUUUCAUGGUGCUGGUUUCUCACUGACAUUUGGGAAUUACUUAUGAGAGUCCUGGAAAUCCUAUUGAUACUUGGGACUUGAUACUGGACUUCCCAUUAAAGAUUAUUACUUUCUUUCACUCAUCCCUGGUUCCCAUUUUGAAUUAAGAAUGCCACCAAAUUCCUGGAAUCUCAUUGAUGCUUGGCGAUUUCCCCAAUCAAUUCCUGGGAACAACUGUCACAUUUGUUGGAAUUUGGGAAUUUCCACUGCUGGGAUCGUGUUGGUACUUGCACAUUACCAUCAAUGGAGAUCCUAUUUGGAAUUGCUGUUGAUAUCGAGAAACCCACUGGUGCCUCAGAAUUGUCAUCAUAGUUCUUCUUGAUCCUUGAGAAUUACCGCCACAUUCCUACUUGAACAGUCAAUACCUCCUGUACCUAAUAAAGUGGCCACUGAGUGUAUGCUUGUGGCCCUCUGCUGCUUCAGGGUUCGAUUCAGAGUUGCUGUUCUGCACACCGCUGCUGUAUCGUGUGGUUAUUGUCAUCUUCCUGUCAGCUUGAACCAGUCUGGCCAUUCUCCUCUGACCCCUCUCAUUAACGAGGUGAUUUCACCCACAGAACUGCCCCUCACUGGACGUUUCUUGUUUUUUUUGCAACUCAUCAUUCUCUGUCAGCUCCAGAGCAGAGGUUCCCAACCUUUUUUUAUGCUACGGACCCCUACGAUUAACUGAAAGGUCCACGGACCUCUAGUUUGGGAACCCCUGCUCUAGUGACUGUUGUGUGAGAGAACCCAGGAGAUCAACAGUUUCUGAGAUACUCAAUCCACCCCAUCUGGCACCAGCAAUCAUUCCACAAACUUGAGAAAGUCUGUGGAUGCUGGAAAUCCAAAGCAACACACACAAAACAAUGGAGGAACUCAGAAGGUCAGGAGGAAUCUAUGGAAAGAGUAAACAGUUGACAUUUCAGACCUAGACCCUUUUUCAGGACUGAAGUGUCCCAGCCCGUAAUGCUGACUAUUUACUCUUCUCCAGAGAGGCUGCCUGACCUGCUGAGUUCCUCCAGCGUUCUGUGUGUGUUGCAAUCAUUCCACAAAGCCACUUAGAUCACAGCUACUCUUCAUUCUGAGAUCUGGUCUGAAAUACAAUUGAACCUCUUGACCGUGUCUGUGUGCUUUUACGGACUGAGUUGCUGUCACAAGAUCAGCUGAUGAGAUAUUUGCACUAACGAGAAGGUGUACCUAAUAAAGUGGCCACUGAAUGUAAAUUCCUGCCCUAUCCCCAGGUUCCUAUAUCACAAUCCAAGUUUGCAACUGAUACUUGGAGUUGACUGCCCAGCUCCCAAGUUUAGUGGGUUCUGCUGCUCCAGUCAGUAUUCUAUUUAUUUUCCUGUAAAUGUUCUUUCCAUUUAUUGCACCAAAGGAAAUCUUAAAGAAAUGUAUGUGCCGUGCGAUAAGGCUGGUGAUUUAUUGGUCUCUUGUUAGCCCAAUGGCAAUUGCCAUGAAUAAAGGAUACUUGG